GGUCCACAGAAACAUUGUCCAAGUCCCACGGUGUGAGCUGGCGCCGCCGUGAGGCUGUUCUAUGCCGUGUUCACACGCACGCGGCGCGUCAGCCAUAGCGUCACCUGGGACACAAGCGCGUUGUGUUGCCAGUAACGUCCGUCUGGGCUCUGAGCGUCAGUGUAGCUGCCGCCGUCGCGCUGAGCGGUGGCUGCGUCGGUCGACCGGUGCUACGUGUGCUGGCGGUGGGCCGCGGACUGUUUUCGAUUGGCCUGGUGGUCCGUGGACUGAAACGAGCUGAGAACCACUGGCUUAGACCAGAACGGUCUUCUCCCUCCCUCCUGGCUGCAGUGAGCUCGGAGCGGGGAGACGCUGCUGUAGGCUGGUAUUCGCCCAGGAUGUGCCCAUUGCUCACGCCCGGGAGCAGGCUGGCGUCAGUAAGAACCUUUCCGAAGCCUUUUCGCAGGGUUUACAGGCAGCGCCUGGGGCGUGGCCUGAGCUAGGACCGAGUGAAACCAGAGAGAACGGGCUGUGGGCUUGGCCUGUGUGCGGUAGCGGGGGCUCUACUCACUGUCUUGCUCUAUGUUGUAUGGGACUCCUCCUGUCUGCGGCUCUGGAGUGACUCUGUGGGUAUGUCUACACUGCCCCGCUAGUUCCAACUAGGAGGGUAAUGUAGGCAUACCACACUUGCAAAUGAAGGCCGGGAUUUGAAUUUCCCGGGCUUCAUUUGCAUAAGCAGGGCGCUGCCAUUUUUAAAACCCCGCUGAUUCGAACCCCGUGCAGCGCGGCUACACGAUGCUCGAACUAGGUAGUCAGGUUGCAGGGUUCUUUUUCAAGAUAAACUUCAGACUUCUGAAGAGUCAAGUGGAAAAAUGAUCAGCACGGAACCCUGUCGCUUAGAUCCCCUGCGUCCCCCCGGGCAGGCUGCCACGCUCCGCUACCCUGUCGGCGCACAGCGCUCUGGCUCCGUGCUGCCACGCUCCGCUACCCUGUCGGCGCACAGCGCUCUGGCUCCGUGCUGCCACGCUCCGCUACCCUGUCGGCGCACAGCGCUCUGGCUCCGUGCUGCCACGCUCCGCUACCCUGUCGGCGCACAGCGCUCUGGCUCCGUGCUGCCACGCUCCGCUACCCUGUCGGCGCACAGCGCUCUGGCUCCGUGCUGCCACGCUCCGCUACCCUGUCGGCGCACAGCGCUCUGGCUCCGUGCUGCCACGCUCCGCUACCCUGUCGGCGCACAGCGCUCUGGCUCCGUGCUGCCACGCUCCGCUACCCUGUCGGCGCACAGCGCUCUGGCUCCGUGCUGCCACGCUCCGCUACCCUGUCGGCGCACAGCGCUCUGGCUCCGUGCUGCCACGCUCCGCUACCCUGUCGGCGCACAGCGCUCUGGCUCCGUGCUGCCACGCUCCGCUACCCUGUCGGCGCACAGCGCUCUGGCUCCGUGCUGCCACGCUCCGCUACCCUGUCGGCGCACAGCGCUCUGGCUCCGUGCUGCCACGCUCCGCUACCCUGUCGGCGCACAGCGCUCUGGCUCCGUGCUGCCACGCUCCGCCACCCUGUCAGCGCACAGCGCUCUGGCUCCACCUCCAUGCUGCCACGCUCCGCUACCCUGUCAGCGCACAGCACUCCGGCUCCAUGCUGCCACGCUCCACCACCCUGUCAGCGCACAGUGGUCCGGCUCCAUGCUGCCAUGCUCCGCUACCCUGUCGGCGCACAGCGCUCCGGCUCCGUCCUGCCACGCUCCGCCACCCUGUCGGCGCACAGCGCUCCGGCUCCGUCCUGCCACGCUCCGCCACCCUGUCGGCGCACAGCGCUCCGGCUCCGUCCUGCCACGCUCCGCCACCCUGUCGGCGCACAGCGCUCCGGCUCCGUCCUGCCACGCUCCGCCACCCUGUCGGCGCACAGCGCUCCGGCUCCGUCCUGCCACGCUCCGCCACCCUGUCAGCGCACAGCGCUCCGGCUCCAGCUUCAUACUGCCACGCUCCGCUACCCUGUCAGCGCGCAGCACUCCGGCUCCGGGCUGCCAUGCUGCCAUGCUCCGCUACCCUGUCGGCGCACAGCGCUCCGGCUCUAGCUCCAUGCUGCCACGCUCCGCUACCCUGUCGGCGCACAGCGCUCCGGCUCUAGCUCCAUGCUGCCACGCUCCGCUACCCUGUCGGCGCACAGCGCUCCGGCUCUAGCUCCAUGCUGCCACGCUCCGCUACCCUGUCGGCGCACAGCGCUCCGGCUCUAGCUCCAUGCUGCCACGCUCCGCUACCCUGUCGGCGCACAGCGCUCCGGCUCUAGCUCCAUGCUGCCACGCUCCGCUACCCUGUCGGCGCACAGCGCUCCGGCUCCAUGCUGCCACGCUCCGCUACACUGUCAGCGCACAGUGUUCUGGCUCCAUGCUACCAUGCUCCGCUACCCUGUCAGCGCACAGCGUUCCGGCUCCAUGCUGCCACGCUCCGCUACCCUGUCAGCGCACAGUGUUCCGGCUCCAUGCUGCCACGCUCCGCUACCCUGUCAGCGCACAGUGUUCCGGCUCCAUGCUGCCACGCUCCGCUACCCUGUCAGCGCACAGUGUUCCGGCUCCAUGCUGCCACGCUCCGCUACCCUGUCAGCGCACAGUGUUCCGGCUCCAUGCUGCCACGCUCCGCUACCCUGUCAGCGCACAGCACUCCGGCUCCAUGCUGCCACGCUCCACCACCCUGUCAGCGCACAGCGCUCCAGCUCCACGCUCCAUGCUCCAUUACCCUGUCAGCGCACAGCACUCCAGCUUCGUGCUGCCACGCCCCUUUACCCUACCGGUCUGCUGGCUGCGCUGCUGGAGCAGGUGUAGCUCAGAAAUCCCCCUCGACAGCUAGUCUCAAGCUCCUGGAUCGGUGGCGUUUGCGUGCGGAGAGGCUGCCGUGCAGCACUGUGAGCGUGGCUGAGUGGACAGUCAGUCAGUAGUGUGUUUGGGCAGCAGCACGUGAAGUGUUCAUUAGGUCAGUGUAGGGGCGGUUGCCCCAGGGACAGGCGCUUACCCUGUGAGAGCUCCAGCCACUGCCAAGCUCGGUACCUUGCGCCAGAUCUUCUGCUUGGGGCAUGGAAAUCUUCCCCUUUCCCUGAUACGUCCCCGUCCUCUCCCCUGCCUGCUCCCUCGCCCUCCUCUCAGAGCCCGACCCCCAGCUCGGGCUUCUCACCCGCGCUGCAGGCACCGGAAGGCUGGGGGCUGAGGCAUAAACCAGCAGCCUGUGUCCCGAGGGUCCACGUUGGGUCCAGUGUCCUGCAAUGUAAUCUCCCCCUUGUCCUCCUGUCUCUGUCCUGCCCCGGGGCCUUGUUCGCUGCUGGAUACGAAGCCGCUUCACCGGCCUCCCUCGCUUGCUCCUAAGAGUGUGGAGGUGUAGCUCCCCGGUGUGGCGCACCAUGCAUUGCUCCACCACACCUGCACGCCACGGCUCCCCGGCAUGCCAUGCAUGGCUCCCUGGUGUGGCACACACGGCUCCACCACACCUCCACACCACGGUUCUCCGGUGCGCCAUGCAUGGCUCCCUGGCGUGGCAUGCACAGCUCCACCACACCUCCACGCCACGGCUCCCCGGCGUGGUAUGCACAGCUCCCUGGUGCGGCACACAUGGCUUCCCGGCGUGGCUCUGUGACGUGGCAUGCCCGGCUCCACGGCACGGCACGACACAGCACAGCUUGCGUGCCUGUGGCAUCCUGCCCUGGCUGAGGCUGCAGCAGCCUGAUGAUCUCUGCCUUUGUGGGAGGGUAGGAGCCACCUUUCCGACACCUCCAUUUCUGGCCCUGCCCGCUAACCUCGCUCAGCUGCCUAGUGCUGGGUCCCUUCGCCCGCUGGCUGCCAGCACGGUCCCCAGCCUGGGCCCCGGCUGUGCAAGAGUCCCACAAGCAAUGCUGGGACUCUUGGUGAUGGGGCUGGAGGAUGGAGAGCUAGGAUCUGCCUGGUGGUGGCAGUUUGUGGGCCAGGCUGUGGCCUCCCCUGUGGUCUUGUUAUCUUUUCGGUCCUGUCCCCUCUCUCUCAUUUUGCUGCCUGUUGCUGGCGGAGCUUGGUGCCGAGGUGCUUGCCCAUAUCUGCUGGUUUUAAAGGGCCUGUCACUUGCCCUCGGUUACUUUCCAGCUGCGGGGACCAGCGAUCCCGUUCCUCCGAGCCGCUGGCUGGUUUGCAGACUGAAAUAACGGCUCUGAUGUGUCUCCUUUGCCUCCUCCCAUCCAGCCCUUCCCCCCGGCAUCCACUAAGGCGAAAACCCGCCUCAAACCACGGGCCAAAUUCCACCCAGGUUUUGCCCACCUGACUUCAGUGAGCCUGGGAUCGGGCCCUUGGGCAGCAGGGGAGCUGGCUGCUCUGAGUGCGAACCCGGAGUACCUUCCCACGGCCCCCCAGUGCUUCCGGAGAGGGAGGAGUGGUAACGCCCGGCUGAGCUCUCCCUCGCCUCACUAGCGCUGGGGAAUGUGAAAAUUAGGAGGCCGGGUGCAAAUUGCAAAUCCCUGAAAUAGAAAACGUGCCGGGGCUUUUGGCGAGAGACUGGAGCUCGGUGGUGAGGUGCGGUGAGCCUUAGGGCCGGUGGGAAGGAAAGGCUGGGAACGGGCGUGGGAACACUCCGUCAAUUCACAGGACUCAUUAUACAAGCCGCCUCUGCAGUUUGUAGCACUGGGAAGCUCUUUCGCUGGGGUUACUCCGGAGACAUUCGGCAGCGU